UGGGGCCGCCGGGGCCUGGGCCGGAGCCGCGCCUGGCGGGGCCCGGGGGAACGGGGUAGCUUUGAAACUGGCACAGAUGGCUGAGCUUGUUCAGAGGGAAAGCAGCAACUACCUGGCGAAAGUGGCAGAGACUCCCGGAACGUGUGCACAGCUCUGAAGCAGGAGAUGAAGAUGUUUUGCUAUUAAAGCAGUUCGGUCACAGAGGGUUCCAACAGAAAGCUGCACCGGGACAACACCACAGCAAGACGCCUGCAGGCUCGAGUUCUGCUUGACAUGGCCAUGUUCUACUAGACCUGCCAUGACGGCAUUUUUUCCCAGUGUUCCCAACUGGAUUCAAGAUGCAAAGCAGGAGGAGGAAGAGACAGGCUGGAAAUUAGUCCCCAGACCAAGAGGUGAAGAGACCGAAAGUCAGGGAAAAUGCCAAUGUGAAAUAUCGGAGACCUCCUUCACUAAUGUGGACAAGCUGAGAACUCACACGCUUUCUCAUACUGAGCAGAGACCAUACAACUGCCCUCAGCUGCACUGUGGCAAAGCCUUUGCUUCUAAGUACAAGCUCUAUAGGCAUAUGGCCACGCACUCUGCUCAGAAGCCUCAUCAGUGUAUGUACUGCGAGAAGAUGUUUCACCGGAAAGAUCACCUUCGCAACCACCUCCAGACCCACGAUCCCAACAAGGAGGCCCUCCACUGUCCUGAGUGUGGCAAGAACUACAACACGAAACUCGGCUUCAGGCGACAUCUGGCCAUGCACGCGGCUGCCAGCGGUGAUCUCAGCUGCAAGGUAUGCCUCCAGACGUUUGAAAGUACCCAAGUCCUGCUGGAGCACCUCAAAGCUCAUUCUAGGCGGGCUUCUGGUGGAGCGAAGGAAAAGAAGCAUCCGUGUGACCACUGUGAUAGGCGCUUCUACACCCGGAAAGAUGUGCGGAGACACUUGGUAGUGCACACGGGGCGGAAGGACUUCUUGUGCCAGUACUGUGCUCAGAGGUUUGGGCGGAAAGAUCAUCUGACCAGGCACAUGAAGAAAAGCCACUCCCAGGAACUGCUGAAGAUUAAGACAGAGCCAGUUGACAUGCUGGGUCUCCUAAGCUGCAGCUCAUCUGUCGCAGUGAAAGAAGAGCUGAGUCCCGUCCUGUGUAUGGCAUCCAGAGACAUGAUAGGUGGUAAGAGCUUCCCUGGCAUGUUGCCUGUGGGCAUGUACAGCACACAUCUCCAAACCAUGCCAAGCUCAGGGAUGCCCCAUUCUUUGGUUCCUAAUUCUCUUCCAAUGGGAAUGAGCUAUCCUCUGGAGUCGUCUUCUCCCAUCUCCUCCCCACCGCAACCUCCUCCAAAGUAUCAGCUUGGAUCUACCUCAUAUUUGCCUGAGAAACUACCCAAAGUAGAGGUGGACAGCUUUUUGUCAGACUUCCCUGGCAGCCUGUCUCUCUCAUCUGGUGAGCCUCAGUCCUCUUCGCCUCAGCCACCCCCCCUGGAUGAGGCUUUGCUUUCCAAGAGCCCUGCUAACCUUUCAGAGGCUCUCUGUGCUGCUAACAUGGACUUUUCUCAUCUUCUUGGCUUCCUCCCCCUAAAUCUUCCUCCUUGCAAUCCACCUGUAUCAUCAGGGGGAUUGGUCAUGGGCUACUCACAGGGGGAGACACAGCCACUGCUUACCACUUUGCAACAUCAACCUCAAGAAUCUCCUGGAGCUGGGGCCUCGCUGAACUUUGGGCCCCUUCAUUCAUUGCCCCCUGUCUUCACCUCCAGCUUGAGCACAACCACGCUGCCACGUUUCCACCAGGCAUUCCAAUAAGCUGAAAAUAGCACUGGAGAACAGAUCUUUCAGUCACCCUUUUGUGGAGAGCCUUAAAAACGCACAACUCUUACUUCCCUUUGGGGUGCGAAAGCUUUGCAAAGCUGUUUCAGACAGGAGGUUUCUGAUCUCUGGAGGGAGCACUUGUAGGCUGGAACAGCAGAUAUCCCCGUGCAAGUCCCAGUCCUGUACAGCGAAAAGAUUUCAGCUAAUAGACUGGAUAUAUUUUAUCUAAUUUUUAAUCUGUGAAUCAGAAGCCGCGCUUAGCACUGACCUUCCCUGAGAUCCUGGAGCUAUGUUCCUCUCUGGGAAGGGACUGUCCCUGAGAAGGAGUUGAGACUCUUUCAUCUUGGGCUAAACUUUUGAAGAGUCCAGCUUCCAUUUCAUGUUGUCACACUGCAAUUCUGGCAAAACAGCCAACACCUCCACAUGGAGAAGGAGGAGAAGUCAGGAUACCCGCUCUGUAUGAAGCCAACAGGGAAGAGGCUGUCCUUCCCCACUACCUCUCAUCCCAUCACCUAAUACAGCUCACUCCACCGAAUACAGCUUACUCCACAUCAGUGUUAAGCAACAAGACCGUUUACAUAGUGAAUUCAGAGACGUCACCUCAUUCUUCUUUGCGGAGCCGUUAGGUUAAACUCAUUACAGUGAACGUUGUUUACACAACACAAAUCUGUUUCCGCCAUUACAAAAAUAGGAGGCACCAGAAUACACUGGUUUUAUGUCUGGUGUAGCUAGAACACUGUUUACACAACGAAGUCAGGUUGCACUGAUUUCUCUUCACUUAUCAUGUUCUUCCCCCAUGGGGAAAUACACUGCUUUUUGGACCACUUCAGCCUCUGCCACUGUCGGCAGCAGCUUCCCGCCUUUUCUCUCUGGCUAUCCACGUGUCAAGGGGAUGGAGCAGCUCUCACAGCUUAGCUUGUUUUUGUGGUGUAUGGAUAGAGCCCUUUUAAAUAUCUCCCACAGGCAAACAGAUCGUGCAUCUGUUCUGGAAACCAAAGCAUGUGAAAAAGCUAGGUGAGGAGCUCGGGGCUGGCAGCGUUGAGUACUGUCGUACCAGGCAGGGAUGAGAACAGGCUGCAGGCCCCCGCUCCCUAGAUUCCCUUGAGAUGAGGAACAGAGUACGAGUUUCUAGGUUUUUUUACCACAACAGUUCAGUGAGGUCAGUACCCUUUUGGCUUAUCCAUGAAGCAGUCUCAAGAGAUAUAUUUUUACCUCCAUCCUAGGGUGAUGACAUCCAGGAAUUGGGAGGAAAAAUUGGUCCCAGCUUCAUGUACGCUCUGUCAGUGUACUAGAAGCAUUUUCCCCAACACUAAUCCUUCUAACAAACGCUGAGGGUUUGGGCCUGCAGUCACCCUUUCACUUAGGAUUUGGUUCCACUGGCCUUUUUGUUCUCUCCUUCUCGAGCUUUGUCUCCUGAAGUUAAAGUCCUGCUUCCCCUGCUCCCUGCCUCACCUCUUCAGUUCUUCCACAGUCUGUCUACCUGCUGAGGGCAGAGGGUUACACUGGUAAGUGGCAGCCAGCUGCUGAUGUCAUUUAGCAUCUGUAUCGUCUCCUGCUCUCAUUUUCCUGGGCACUUGUACUGCAGAUGGUAACAUACGGAGGUCGAUCUCGCUAUACGUUGGUGCACGUUUAUGGAUAUAGACACGCAGAUCUUCAUACCUCGGCAUGGAGGAACCAUUGUAGGCCAAUAUAAACCAGGAAAUCUGUCGCUGUUGUUCUCCAUAAAUCUAGAAAAUGCAAAAUCUACCUCUACUCUGUUAUCUCAGCUCCUUCCGUGAAGCCAGAUGCUGUCCUCCCUCAUCUCCCCAGAGUACAUCCAUUUCAGUCAGUGCAUAUUACUUUCUGCUGAGCCAUUGAUCCCACAGCGUGACAUUAGCCGUGCCUCGUUUGUUCAUAGGCUUGUCCCCCUUCCAUUUUACUCAAGAAUUUUAUUUUUAAUUUAGCUUAGUAAUUCUUCCCAGAAUGACUGUUUAGUGAUCCAUUGAUUCUCCAAAACAUAGAUCAGUUGUUUUAGGUUAGCCAGCAAUGCUGCAAAUAAUACUUUUGUAUCAAAAUGUAAUAUAAGAUUUAUUUACCUCAGCAAUAUCCUGUGGCAAUGAUCUCCCCGAGUUAAAUGCAGUACUUCCUUUUCUCCACUGUAAAAUGUUGCCUUUUGAAGUUCAACGAGUGCCUUCUUGUUCUCUAACAUAGAAAAGGUAAAUAGGGCAUUUCAGCUAGUCUUCUGUUUACCGUCAUUGAAUACCUCAGGCCUGUCUUGUAUUGCUUUUCUCUUUGCAAAUUAAAGAGUUUCACACUGUUAUCAAUUAUAUGCAAGCCUUAUCCCUGUCUUCAGUUGAGAGGAUUUUUUUUUUUGAGAAAUAAAUGGUCAGAACUGAUCACUUGCUGCAAGUGAGGAUUAUCAGAUUUAUGCAAUGCCAUCAUACACCUUCUUCUGUUUCAGAACAUUCAGCUUUCUUGCUUUUUGCCUGCAUUGUACUCUGAACAGAUGCCAUCACUGGAAUUCCUUUAGCAGUGGUAGCUAAACUUAGAGCCAGGCAUCUUUUUCCUACCAGUAGCCUGUCAAAGAAUAAAUGGAAUUCAUUUUGCUAUUAUUUGCAUGUGUGAUUUGCUUUCCACAGCUAUUCUAACAAGCAGAGUUGCAAUAACAUUUGUCAAUGAGAGGAAAGUCUAAACCAGCAAAGGCAGCGUGUUCAGAGACAGCACGCUGGAGCUAAUACCAGGUAUUUGCACUGGAAAAUGGAUUCAAAGUUCCUGUUCCACAAUGGAGUUUAUAAUCUGCAAGUGUUUUGUCAGCCAGUCUAAUGAGGCUACUCCCAUUUGAAAUACUAAGUAUGCAAUUCACAAAACAAAUUAUUUCCUGAAGCUAGUUAGUGAACAACUUUUACCUGUUCAGAAGAAAAAACUUGGAGCAUCUAAGCAACUCCACUUGGGAAUCUAAGUUCGUUAGGAAGUUAUGUACCGAGCUGUUAUGAAAAUCAGUAGAAGUCAGCUUAGACAAGCUCCUGCUGAUGCGACUGUAGGUAAAAUACAAUGUUAAACUUGCCACACUGAGAGGAUGAUUGCUGCAGCACAGCCUGGAAACCUGCUCUGUUGCGUACGUGCAGGACCUUUGUGCGUGAGGGAAUGGCAGCCAUUAUGCUAGUUAUGUGAUGUGAAAAAAAAGUGUCAUCCCAGAAAGGGUUUGGUUUUGUUUUUAAAAUCAAGGUUUAGGGAUGUUUAAGUCAACAUGCUACUUUCUCUCCUAAGGUCAUUAUUAACGUAGGGAAUAGCAGACUGCAGGGAAGGAUGGUGAAUAUGAA